GCAAUGGAAUGUCAUUGGUCAAAGCCAUCUCUGCCCUGUGUCUCUGAGCUCCACCCUCAAUCUUCUUCUCGCAUUUUUCAUCACUGUCCGCGCCUCCUCCCAGCCGCCUUUUCAUCCAAAUCGCAGAGAUCCAUCCAUUAAGUUAAAAACUGAAAACCAUGGCUGGUCCUAAGCCUGGUAGCUCUGCUACUAAUCAAAAAGCUGGUGGCAAAAAGAAGGAGGUGAAGAAAGAGACUGGUUUAGGUCUCACUAAUAAGAAAGAUGAGAACUUUGGAGAGUGGUAUUCUGAGGUGGUUGUCAGUGGAGAAAUGAUCGAGUAUUAUGAUAUCUCUGGCUGCUAUAUACUAAGGCCGUGGGCAAUAUCUAUCUGGGAGACUAUGCAAGUAUUUUUUGAUGCAGAAAUCAAGAAAAUGAAAAUCAAGAACUGUUAUUUUCCACUUUUUGUAUCUCCUGGCGUCUUACAAAGAGAGAAAGAUCAUAUUGAAGGUUUUGCUCCUGAGGUUGCUUGGGUGACAAAAUCUGGGGAGUCUGACUUGGAAGUGCCCAUUGCAAUUCGCCCUACAAGUGAGACUGUUAUGUAUCCAUACUAUUCUAAGUGGAUCAGAGGCCACCGUGACUUGCCUUUGAAACUUAACCAGUGGUGCAAUGUUGUGAGAUGGGAGUUCAGCCAUCCCACACCAUUUAUUAGGAGUCGUGAGUUCCUUUGGCAGGAAGGGCAUACUGCUUUUGCUACUAAGGAUGAAGCAGAUACAGAGGUUCUUGAGAUAUUGGAAUUGUAUAGACGGAUAUAUGAGGAGUACCUGGCGAUUCCUGUUAUCAAGGGCAAGAAGAGUGAGAUGGAGAAGUUUGCUGGCGGUCUUUACACCACAAGCGUUGAGGCAUUUAUCCCCAACACUGGCCGUGGAAUUCAGGGUGCUACUUCACAUUGUUUGGGUCAAAAUUUUGCAAAAAUGUUUGAAAUCAACUUUGAAAACGAUAAGGGGGAGAAAGCUAUGGUCUGGCAAAAUUCUUGGGCCUAUAGUACUAGAACGAUUGGUGUGAUGGUUAUGGUUCAUGGGGAUGACAAAGGAUUGGUGCUGCCUCCUAAAGUUGCGUCGGUUCAAGUUAUUAUAGUCCCUGUACCUUACAAAGAUGCAGACACUCAAGGAAUUUUUGAUGCUUGUUCUGCCACUUUGGAUACAUUGACAGACGCAGGUAUUCGUGCAGAGGUAGACUCUAGGGAUAAUUAUUCUCCUGGAUGGAAGUACUCUCACUGGGAAAUGAAAGGCGUUCCACUCAGGAUUGAAAUAGGACCAAAGGACUUAGCAAACAAUCAGGUGCGUGCUGUUCGCCGUGAUAAUUCGGCAAAAAAAGACAUACCCAGGGAUUCGUUGGUAGAACAAGUGAAAGAAUUGCUAGAAAGUAUUCAACAAAGCCUGUUUGAUGCGGCAAAAGUAAAACGAGAUACAUGCAUUCAAGUUAUUAAUACAUGGGAGGAGUUUACUGAAGCCCUCAGUCAGAAGAAAAUGAUAUUGGCUCCAUGGUGUGAUGAAGAGGAGGUUGAGAAGGAUGUGAAAACAAGGACCAAGGGUGAGAUGGGAGCAGCUAAAACCUUAUGUUCUCCGUUCGACCAGCCCGCUCUUCCAGAAGGUACUAAAUUUCUGUCCAAAUCCUUUCUUUCUAAUGUUAUUGGGCAAUUUGUUAGCAACGCUUUUUGGUUUCCUUGAAUUUACCGUGUUGAUGUUUUGGCUCAGGUACCAAAUGCUUUGCAUCUGGAAAACCUGCAAAAAAAUGGAGCUAUUGGGGCCGAAGCUACUAAGCUAUCAGCUCAUGUUUAUAUCCUAUGUUGCCAUUGGAUACGUCAAGAAGUCAGCUUUCGAGAGUUCUUGAAUAGAGGGGCAUUCAAUUCAGUUAAUUCCGAGUUCAUCAGUACUUCUAAGAGGAGGCACUCUUACACGAUGAAGAAAAAAGCAUUCAGUUAGCAAGAGUUAACUAUAGAACACUUUACUUUGUUUGCAUGCUUGGAUUUAUUCUUUUUGAAAAUUUCUGGGUUUUGCUUUCAAAACUUUUUUUUUUCUUUCUAAAGUAUAUUUGGAGGUAAGGGCAUGUUCUGUUUAAGUGGAUAGUUGGAUUUUGUUGGCUUGAAUAAUUCAAGCAAGGAAAGCAUUUUGUGAGCAUCAAUUGAACUUACUUGACUUGUCAAACUCAUAAAUAUAAUAUGAUUUUCAAUGCA